ACCAUUUUUAAAAAUGUUUUAAAAUGCACCAAAUAGUUUCAAUUAGACUAGAAACUCGCGUUAAAUUUUGUACUAAAUUGAGUUUUGGUACUCAAUUUUAGCCACUUACAGUCACAUUAAUGCGCAUUUUAAAGCAUAAACAUUUUGGUAACAUUUAAGAACAAUUGUUGAUUUGUUAUUUAUAAAAAGCGGGGACCACCAAACUGCCAAAGAUGUCGAACACAAACGAGGGCACCGAAACCCUGACGAUAGAGACCCUCGAUUUUAACGACGAGUAUGAAGUGGAAUUUUUGCUCACCAAACCCCCGCCUGGAAAAACCAAACCCACCGAGCCAGUCAAGUUAAAGCGCUUGGUUUGCAAACUAAAUGGCUGCAAUUAUUCGACGGACCGGAGGAGGGACCUUAAGCGCCACCGGCGCUCACAGAAACACGUGUGGCAGGAGUUGUGCUCAGAGGACUCCGAUUCUGACUUCGAAAGGUCCUUAUUCUCCUGUGCAGUCUGCGAAUACACCACAGCAAAAAGAUAUAGCUAUGAGCGCCACAAGGAAUCGAGGCGGCACCUCAUGAAGGAGAUGGAUGAAUGUGAAAAGCUGAUGGAAGAGGCGGAUAAAUCAGAAAGACCUGAAAAAGACCCCUGCGAAACACACAAUAAGUCCCAGGAGCACCAAGAAAUAUUAACUAGCCAACUGGAUGCGAAUGGGUACAUAGACUAUAUCCCUCAAGAAAAGGAACACUUUGUAGAGCCAUCUGAAGAGUUUAAUGAUACUGACGAAGAUUGCGAAACCUACUUGGAAGACUUCUCCCAAUUCAACUCCACCUUAGAGUGCAAGCCCUGUCAAUACAGGACAGCCAGAAGAUUCUGCUUUGUUCGGCACCUGCAGUCAAUGAGACACCUGGCCAGAAUACAGGAGGAGUUUGAUGCCCUGGAGGUAAGAAAUGCCCUAAAGCAAGAACGUUUGGAGGCUAAAAAGACCCUGGAGGAGGCUCCCUGCUUUGAGGAGAGUUAUAACGUGGAAGGCUCAAAUGGUGCGGUGGCAGAGGAUGAUGCGGAGGAGAUCGAUGGUACUGUAGAAGCAAAUGGCCUGGCACAUAUUGAUACUUUGAACGAGAGAACUGAAAUAGAGGAAAUCGAUGGUCUGGUAUUGGAAAAUGUAGUUGAGGAGAUUGAAGUUCUUGAGGACGGAGUGGUCCAAGCAGAGCCCGGCUUCCAUGUGAUCCAAUACGCAUCUGUUGAAGAAAAUGUUUAUGAGGAGAUCGUGUACCUUCCCGUCGAUGUCAGUCCAGAGGAAAGUUGCUACUUUAUAGCGCUGAAUAAUGAGUAGAUUUUAGGGAAAACAACAAAUGUAUAUUUUUUUAUAAAUUGUAUAAGUAUUUAUGUAAAAUUACAUAUUUUUUGACAUGUUGAAAAU